AUGAACACAUUUCUACUUUUACUGGCAUUUUUUGUGUUCUGCCGAUGUUACUGUCGUGGAGAGAUCACGCAAAUGAGGAAUCUUUCCAGCUGGACUCCGUGUUCUUCACAGUGUUGGUGCGCGCACGAUGACAAGAAUCGUGUCUAUGGAAGAUGUGUCGUGAAUAAACUGGAGGAGCCGGUAGAAUUCAACUCUUCCAGGCAACUCCACUUUUUGUAAGUAAUGAGUGAGACACUUAAAACAAAAAAUUUAGAGGAUCAAAACUCGGUUAUGCCGUAAUUGAAACUUUAAAGCGAAGAACGUAUCGUAGAGCACUCUUGCAUUGCUACGCAAAUGAUUGUUAAGAAAAAAAAAUUGAUAAAAUGUAAGCGAUGGCUGAAACACUUCCUGAACAGAAAUACAGACUAAGCGACUUGCUUUUCUUUUUAAGUGUUAGUAGCCUGCAAUGGAGAACGCUUCGUAAAAGAAGAUCAGUUAUCUCAAAACUUUGUUGCAUGCUCCAGGCAAGGGAGAAUGAAUAGGUGUAAUUAAUUUGUUUCAUGUCUUUUUAAAUGUAAUGUUUAGACUACAUUCAACGCUUUGAGGCUUCCUCUUAUUAAAGUUUAAUCCUUACGAACUAUCCCCGUUAAUUUUUCCCUUUUGAAAAUAGAAAAUAUCAAUUGAAAACCGUAAACAUCGAUAGUAAUGACCUCGGUUUUGUCGCACUAAAUACUAAAGCACUUCUAUGGUCCAUAUUAUUUAGAGAGAUUUGCACAUUUUCAAGGAAUGUUCUAUGAAAUCCAUAAACAAUUGAGAAUUGACAGCAAGACUAAGAGGCUUGAAUUAAGAGCACAACCACCUUUAAGAACUCUGAAAUAUCAUGAAAGCUUCACUGCACGCGGUUUUAAAACACGAAGCGCCGGAGCAGGGAGCAGUGCAGUGAUUAGGGUGCUUAUAUUCCUCACCACUAGUCUCAGUUUAUGGUUAAUUCGCGUUCUCACUCCGGAGGUGUUUUCCCCCGGAUUCUCUGGUUUUCCUCCCCCCUACAAAUAAAAAAACAUUCCGAAUUACCAUUUGAUCUGUAAACAGUGGAUGAAGAAGCACCUUGUAGAUGUACUUCGAGGUAAUUCCUCCAAAAUCUAAUUUACCAACGAAAGUUUCUUAUUUCCGCCGAAGUGACUUGCCCCCGCGUUAUGUCGCAGUAAUAUGUCCGCUUAUCUAAGUUCAAUUAUUUAUUAAAUUCGCCUUUUUAAGAUCAUUGAUGAUGGGUGUCCGCAAGGACACUGUCAUUAACUCGAAAGUGAGAUUUGUUUGAUAUAACAGCAAUUUUUCGAUCCGCAGGUCCUUUGCUGAUAAUGGAAUCAGAGUAAUACCAAGGGAAAUCUUUACAAACCUUCACAACCUCGAGUUUCUGUAAGUGCCCGCGUUAUGAUCAAUGUUUUGUGCGAGGUUCAUUGCAGUGUAAAAGCAUUUUUUUUUUGUUUUUCAUUGGCUGAGCCUCAUCAACGUCAUAAGACCUUAGGUGGGGACAAUUAAUUCAUGGUAUAUGAGUCACGACAGACGCAUUCCGACGGGAUUCGGGUACUUUGUACUAAUCCCCUAUGACACUGCAUAGGAUUCUCACAACAUAGUAACACAACGUUUACUUAUUUAGUAUAUUUGCUGAUCUGAUUUAUAACUGCCAGAUGCAACAAAGCGAUAUUUUUUUACGUAGUUUACGUAUUUUCCACAAAGAGUCGAAUAUCUCAUUUGGAAUUAACCAAAGAGAAAUAUUUUCCCUUUCAGAUCUUUGUCAAACAACAGCAUUGAAAUCAUCAACGAACAUGCAUUCAAAGGCUUGACUAACCUGCGUAUCUUGUAAGUUUUUUAAUGAAUCCUUUCCUAACUAAUUUUUGAUUAAAAUACUGGAACACUUGAACAGAGCAACGGACAGGCAUGUUAUGAGACUGAAUUCCCCUUACAGCCUCUAUCCCUAAAGAAACCUUCCCAUGGACGUAGGUAUUAAAUCCACAGGGAAUAAUGCUCCGUGAACUGUGCACGCUGCUUGCUUGUCUUUGAUGGUGAACGGAUAGAUGUCCAAAAGAAAGCAAAGAUCGCAACAAAAAAUUGGUUAUUUUCAGGUCUUCCUUAGAUCUCCGAAAACGAGACAGUCGUAAAAUAACAUGCAUAUGAGGAAUUCUUUCGGGAAUGAUACUAAUAUGAAGGAUCCAGUCUUUUCGCUUCAUCCUAUCUCACGUAAAUCCUACCUCGUUUUCAAGUAAUUUCUAUGACGUACCAGCCUGAUUGUUCGUUAUUCGUUACAAAGAGAAAGUACUCUUUUUAUUAAACAAAAGUUCAUUUUAUUCAAAAGAAGUAAUUUUUCAUAAUCCAGAGAUCUCCAAAACAACAAUCUGAAGGAAUGGAACGGGGAUCCCACACGAGACAUGCCAUUUCUUGAAGUUCUCAAAAUUAACGGCAACGAGGGCUGGAUACCCAAUCAGCAUAUCCUUCACAUGCCCGAACUCAAAGAGAUUCUUGGGGUUACAUGGAGCUCGCACUGCUCUGCCUGCGACCUCCUUAAGAUUCCCGGAAAUGAAACAAUGUCAGGAGAUGAGGAAAUGGGAGAUUACGAGGAAUACAGUGGAAAUGGCUUGAGUGGGGAAGGAGAAAUAAGCGAGAUGAAGUGUCACGUAACUCUCGAGGAGUUUUACUACUACCCUAAGGCAGUAAAUUAUGGAGUUUCUGCGCAAUUUGUGAGACAAGGCUUCUCGCCACAAUGCUUCUGUGACUUCAGCUCGGAUUGCUACCACCGCGAUGUCGUUGUACCGUAUUUAACAAAGUUGUACGACUUUCCUCGAAAACUGUUCCUUUCACAGUAUGCCUUAGGAGGAUUGAUUGUUGUUCUCAACAUGUCUGUUCUCAUUGUGAUUAUGACGUCAAGACUGCUAAGGAAUAACAUUUCAUUCGUCUUGGUUGGCAGUAUGGCGUUAAGCGAUAUUCUGAUUGGUGUUCACAGCGUGAUGAUCGCCAAAUACAACAUAUUCAGUGACUCAAACGUUAAGCCGCGAGUUGUUAUGGAAACGGACACCUCCACCUGCACAUACAUGGGCAUGGUAUUCACUAUAGGCCAGGUUACAGCUGUAUUCACCUCUCUCAUGCUAACUGUAGAAAGAUAUCUUGUCAUAGUGUACUUCCAGAGAUGCAGAGGCAAGGUUAAAACCAGAACUUUGGUCAUCAUUUUAAUUCUUGUGUGGACAGGAGCGAUCACCUUUGCGAGCUUGCCUUUGUUUGGCGUAAGAAAGCUGGAAUAUCACAGAUGGUUCCAGUGCACGAUGCCCUUCCAUACAGGAAAACAUCUGUUACAAACAUCUAACAUAACUUUAAGCAUCUCGGCCAUAUUUGUACUUCUUUACCUUAUCAGUCUGGGACUUUACAUUUUGAUAUUCUGCUAUGCAAGGAGAUCCAGCAUGCAGUUCGGCAUUAAACGUGAAGCGAGACUAGCGAGGAAAAUAGCAGUGCUGGUGUCAUCAAAUUUUAUCCUAUUCACUUUACCAACUGUUCUACUGCUAGUCUACGUAUAUUCCUUCUCUGAAAUUCUUGACGCUGCCGAGUCAUUCCCGAGCAUGCGUUCUUUAUUCAUUAUUGGUGGUUGGCUUCCAGUCACCUGUUUUAACCUGAAUUCGCUGGCGAACCCGUUUCUCUAUCCAUUCAGACACCGUCGAUUCAAGAAAGAAAUACGUUCGAUACCCCGCAGGUUACGCAACAGUGUCAGUCAUUCGUUUUACCCAGUGUUCGCCACGGCACAGCACUUCAGCUUGCGCACAUCUGCACUUAGCCACCAGUUGCGUCAGCAGUUCCAUUCCUUCGCGCCUCGAAGGGAGGGUGAGAACUCACUACACGUUGAUGCAGAUGUUAGACAUGGUCGUGGACGAACUGCAACAAAUGUAAAAUUUCCCUGA